CGAAGACGCGGGGAUCGGCUGGGGAUGCCUGUAGCGCCUUGCUCUGGCUGGUCCGGGCUGCGCAGAGCGACUGCCCGCCUUGUGGCCCUUUGAGAGCGACUCAGCCUGUUCCGCUGCAGUGAGUUCAGGGGAGUCUGAGCGAGUCAGCGUCCUCUUUUUAAGACAAACGGUUCUUAGAAAGGCCCUGAAAGUAAGUGCAGCUUGGUCCUUCCGAAGCGAGGGACACAGAGCAUGCGCGGAGCUGCAGGUCCGCUCCGAUCUGUAUCCACUUCAGGGUUCUCGUUCCAGAAGUUGCCAUUCUACGUUUCAGUUGUCGGCCGACCCCGUAAAUGUAUAAAAAUAUUUUUAACUCAUGUAUUUUAUUUUGUAGGAAGAAGUUGAACGAAUAACGACAUCAAAUGCUAUUUCACUUUGUAUUAGUUCACGGCGAGAGUAAAAGUAACCCUUUAGGGUCCUUCACCUGGGGUGGCCGCUGUAUUAACUGAUGAGGAGGUAGCAGGGACCCUUUUUUUUUGUUGUUGUUUUUACUAAUUCAAGCCAAGUGAAUGAAAGUAAAACAUUUCGGUCCUUACCUGAGAUGACCUGAUUUUCUUCUUGGGUCGCCCACUUUCUCUAAUAGUCAUGCCGUCACAAAGGAAAUCACCUGAUCAAAAAAGACCCCGUAGAAGCUUAUCUACCAGCAAAACUGCAAAAAGCCAGUGUCAUUCGAUUACUUCGUAUUUUAACAGUGCACCACCUGCUAAACUUGCAUGUUCAACUUGUCAUAAAAUGGUGCCCAGGUAUGACCUCAUUCGGCACCUUGAUGAGUCUUGUGCUAACAACGGUGUUGGUGAUGACGUUCAAGUAGAGCCUGCUCAGGCUGGAUUAAUGAGUCCAACUGUGCCUACAUCAGAUUUACCCAGUGGUCCUUUAGAGAAUGUGACACCUCAGAAAUUAUCACCACCAAAGAGAAGUUUAAUUUCUGUCCAAUGUGGUUCAAAACUGGGCAUACAACAGCAGACCAGUCCCUACUUUAAAGAUGCCUUAGUGUCCAAAGAUCAAAAUGAGCUUCCAAAUCAGAGUGUAGAAAUUAUGCCUUUGGGAAGUCUGACAUCGAAAUUGUCCAGACGAUACUUAAACGCUAAAAAAUCACUCGCUAAGAAUGAGGGACUAGCCAGUCAGUGCCCACAGACUUCUCCGUCCACACCUGGCACCAGCCUGACUGAUAACUGUCCAGAGAUGGAAGACAAAGAUGAGGUUUUGAACAGUUCCCAAAAGGAAAACAUUUAUUCAUGUGCACCUCUAAAAGAAGAGAAUGCUUCAGAACAGAAGGUAAAGAACAAUAAAAUAACGGGAGAUGAAAGCCAGAAAGCUUCCUGCGGGGAGCCAGCCCUCACCCCUGCAUCUGCAGAGCAUGCUUCCAUAUUACUGUCCUCAGAUUCAACUCUCGUCAGUAACACGAAAUCCUCUCCGGGAGACACUCUUGUAAAGCAAGAAAGUGCCAGAAGGGCAGAUGUAGGGCUUGCUGAGCCGCUCGAGGUGCGCAGUCACAAAGAAGUACAAAUGACUUUCGAUGCUGCGGCCAAAACGCUGGUGUCUGGGGAGGCAGAAUCAAAUGGUCCUACCGAUGUUGACAUGUCUGACAUGACUACGUGGAGUAACAACCAAGAGCUUGUCAGGGAAGCUGGCAGUGUCUUACACUGCCCUCUGGAGCAGGGGUCCAGCUGCGGUGGCCCCAGUGAGACAGCUCAACUGGCACUGAGUCACCCGUACUACCUGCGGAGCUUCCUGGUGGUGCUGCAGGCCCUCCUUGGGAACGAAGAGGACAUGAAGCUCUUCGAUGAGCAGGAGAAGGCGAUUAUCACCAGGUUUUACCAGUUGUCAGCUAGUGGUCAAAAGUUGUAUGUGAGGCUCUUUCAACGUAAAUUAACCUGGAUUAAAAUGAGUAAACUGGAGUAUGAAGAGAUUGCCUCCGACUUAACCCCUGUGGUUGAAGAAUUGAAGGACUCAGGCUUUCUACAGACAGAAUCUGAGUUGCAAGAACUCUCUGAUGUACUUGAACUCCUUUCUGCUCCUGAGCUGAAAGCCCUGGCCAAAACCUUCCACUUGGUGAGUCCCGGUGGGCAGAAGCAGCAGCUGGUAGACGCCUUUCACAAACUGGCCAAACAGCGCUCAGUCUGCACGUGGGGCAAGACUCAGCCUGGAAUCCGAGCAGUGAUUUUAAAAAGAGCCAAAGACUUGGCUGGCCGGUCGCUUCGAGUCUGUAAAGGCCCUAGGGCUGUGUUUGCCCGAAUCUUGCUUCUGUUCUCAUUGACUGAUUCCAUGGAAGACGAAGAAGCUGCUUGUGGGGGUCAAGGUCAGCUGUCUACUGUGCUAUUGGUCAAUCUGGGCCGAAUGGAGUUUCCUCAGUACACCAUCUGCCGGAAGACCCAGAUCUUCAGGGACAGAGAGGACCUCAUCAGAUACGCAGCAGCCGCACACAUGCUGAGUGACAUCUCAGCUGCCAUGGCCAGUGGGAACUGGGAGGACGCUAAGGAGCUUGCUCGGAGUGCAAAAAGGGACUGGGAACAACUGAAAAGCCACCCUUCCCUGAGGUACCACGAGGCCUUGCCGCCCUUCCUGCGCUGCUUUACCGUCGGGUGGAUCUACACAAGGAUUUCCUCUCGGGCUGUUGAAGUCCUAGAGAGGCUUCACAUGUACGAGGAAGCUGUCAAGGAACUUGAAAACCUCUUGUCUCAGAAAAUCUAUUGUCCUGACAGCAGAGGCCGCUGGUGGGAUCGCCUGGCUCUUAACCUGCACCAGCACCUGAAGCGUCUGGAAGAGGCAAUUAGGUGCAUCAGGGAAGGCCUGGCAGACCCACACGUGAGGACAGGACACCGACUUUCUCUUUAUCAGCGAGCCGUGCGCCUGCGAGAGUCUCCGAGCUGCAGGAAGUACAAGCACCUCUUCAGCCGGCUGCCCGAGGUUGCCGUGGGAGACGUCAAGCAUGUGACCAUCACGGGCAGGCUGUGCCCACAGCAUGGCAUGGGCAAGUCUGUGUUUGUCAUGGAGAGUGGAGACGGCGCCAACCCCACCACAGUCCUGUGUUCUGUGGAGGAGCUGGCCCUGGGUUAUUACAGGCAGAGUGGCUUUGACCAAGGGAUUCAUGGAGAAGGGUCCACCUUCAGCACCCUGUGUGGCCUCCUGCUGUGGGAUAUCAUCUUCAUGGAUGGAAUACCAGACGUCUUCAGAAAUGCCUACCAGGCAUCCCCACUGGAUUUGCUCACGGACAGCUUCUUCGCAAGCAGGGAGCAGGCCCUGGAAGCCAGGCUGCAGCUGAUCCACAGCGCCCCUGCUGAGAGCCUGCGGGCCUGGGUGGGCGAAGCAUGGCAGGCCCAGCAAGGCAGAGUGGCCUCUCUGGUCAGCUGGGACCGCUUCACCUCCCUACAGCAAGCUCAGGAUCUUGUCUCCUGCCUCGGGGGUCCUGUCCUCAGUGGUGUGUGCAGGCGCCUGGCUGCUGACUUUCGGCACUGCCGAGGGGGCCUCCCAGACUUGGUGGUGUGGAAUUCUCAGAGCCACCAUUGCAAGCUGGUGGAGGUGAAAGGCCCCAGUGAUCGACUUUCAUGUAAGCAGAUGAUCUGGCUGUACGAACUCCAAAAGCUGGGGGCUGAUGUAGAAGUGUGCCAUGUGGUUGCAGUUGGUGCUAAGAGCAAAGGUCUUGGCUGAAAGAUGUCACACUAGGGACAUCUGGCCAUCUACUGGGACAAGAUCUUCAAGUGGAUAAAAGUUGUCACACUGGGGACAUCUGGCCAUCCACUGGGACAAGAUCUUCAGAUGGAUAAAAGUUGUCACACUGGGGACAUCUGGCCAUCCACUGGGACAAGAUCUUCAGAUGGAUAAAAGUUGUCACACUGGGGACAUCUGGCCAUCCACUGGGACAAGAUCUUCAGAUGGAUAAAAGUUGUCACACUGGGGACAUCUGGCCAUCCACUGGGACAAGAUUGUCAACAGGAUAAAGCUGUUUGCAUGGGCUCCACUUGGACUUGUCCUGACACCUGAGAUUGGAAUGACUCAUCCUUGUACAGUUUCUGUGUGUCGCAAAACUUGGUCUCUGCUGGAGAACACUGGAUCCCCUGUGGGUGGGUGGGUGGGCUGUUGAAAAUAUAGACGUCUGCGUGGAUGCCGUAGGAGCUGAAGGCUUCCAUGUUGUUAAGCUUUUAAAAAAAACUGCCAGAGGGAAAAUGAGCGUGAUGAAUUUAGUUGACACUUUAGGUUUUAAUACACAAUGUCUCUCUACUAAAUGCACUGGCAAUGGUGAUCCCUGAAUUUGGGGUUGUCUUAUGGUUAUCCAAGAAGGGAAGAACCCGUAGGAAUUUUGAUUUCCAUAGGGGGAAAGUAAAAACAACCAAAACAAAUUCUUUCAUUUAAAGGGAGGAAGGAUCACAAUACGUAUCAAGCUUCAAGCUUUUGGAUUAUGUGUGAUUAAAAAUGUGUGCCAAGAUAUUAGAAAACAGUACCUUCCUGAGGUAUCCUAACUUUGCCAGAAGUUGGUCUGGAACCUCACUCAGCUCUCACAGUUGACUGUGAGAUGGUUUACCUCAUCAAAGAAAACUGAAUUAGCCCAUUCCUGAAAGUGAAGUCGACUCUCUGCUGGCCACGCCUCCUCCUGCUCACCUCGCUGAGCCCAGCCCCAGCACGGACAGUGAGACCUGUGCUCUGCUGCCCAUUUGCCAAGGAGCUGCUUACCAGGUCGACUCAUGUGUUCAUGAACUGACUGGCUACUGUAUGCCAGGUAUAGGAGUUUAAAAGCCAGGAAGGUAAUAUAUGAUUUUUGUCUCCUGUGGUCACAAAGAAGCUUUGGGGGAGGAGGAAUCUAUGAAAAUAACCAAGUACAAUACAAUACAAUACAAUACAAUACAAUACAUGGUAACAGUUACUAGAGGAAGGAAAAGGGGUGGGGGACUUUAUUUAGAGGAUAAAAAUGUUUGUGCUAGUCAAAGUAAAUUAUGUUGCUGGGAAUGGUGGCUCACACCUGUAAUCCCAGCACUUGGGAGGCUGAGACAGGAGGAUUACCUUGAGUUUAAGGUCAGACCAGGCUACAAAGUGAGAGAGAGAGAGAGAGAGAGAGAGAGAGAGAGAGAGAGAGAGAGAGAGAGAGAGAGAGAGAGAGAGAGAGAGAGAGAGAGAGAGGAAGAAGAAGAAGGAAGAAGAAGAAGAAGAAAGAAAGAAAGACAGAAAGAAAGACAGAAAGAAAGACAGAAAGAAAGACAGAAAAGAAAGAAAGGGGAGAGGGAGAGAAAAAGGAAGGAAGGAAGGAAGGAAGGAAGGAAGGAAGGAAGGAAGGAAGGAAGGAAGGAAGGAAGCAGCAGCUCAUUGUGAGUGCUCUUCUCACUCUGUGCUGUGGAUCAAGCAGAUUGAUAAGCAAAGAGGUGUGAAGUCUUAGGGAAGCAUGGGUGCUGGUUCCCAAGCCAGACCCUAGUAAAGCCUAAGACCCACACAGUAGGAAAGAACAGACUCUGUAUGUACCUCACCCAUGUGCCAUGGUAUACACAGGCUCAUAUACACACAAUAAAUAAAAAUGUGUUUAAGACGUUAACAACGCUCA